AUGUCUGAGACACCGCCCGCCACGCAGGCUACUUCUACUGUACCUGAGAAGCCUCCAGCGGCCAAGAAGGCGAAGAAGCCUGCCAAGGCCGCCGCCGCCGCCAAGAAGCCUGCCGGCCCUUCAGUGUCGGAGCUAAUUGUGCAGGCCGUUUCCUCCUCCAAAGAGCGCAACGGGGUGUCUCUGGCCGCGCUCAAGAAGGUGCUGGCGGCUGCGGGCUACGAUGUGGAGAAGAACAACAGCCGCAUCAAGCUGGGUCUGAAGAGCCUGGUGAGCAAAGGCACCCUGGUGCAGACCAAGGGCACCGGCGCCUCCGGCUCCUUCAAGCUCGCUAAGAGAACGGCUCCUGAGCCGAAAGCCAGCGGCACGAAAGUGGCCGCCAAACCCAAGGCCGCCGGCGCUGCUUCCAAGAAGCCCGGAAAGGCGGCGGGGGCCGCGGCUAAGAAGAGUGUCAAGACCCCCCAAAAGGCCAAGAAGCCCGCGCUGCCCAAGAAGCCUUCCAAAAGCCCCAAGAAGCCUAAGGUUGUGAAGCCGAAGAAAGUAGCCAAAAGCCCUGCUAAAGCCAAGGCUAUCAAGCCUAAGGUGGCCAAGGCAAAGGUGACGAAGCCAAAGACCCCCGCCAAGCCCAAGAAGGCAGCCCCCAAGAAAAAGUAA